AUGCGAGCACUGAAACUGUCAAGAGAUUACGCCGAAAGUCUGAAGAUGGCUGUAAAGAAAAGAAAGCGAGAAUCUGCUGCAUUUUUCCCAUCGAAAGCAAGCCCUUCCAAGGAAGUACAGCAGCAUGUGGCAGUGAAUCGGGACCCACCAGCGCUUAUUGACAGCUCGAGCUGUGUUGCUCCUACGGAGUCGUUGACACCAUCAUUUCUUCCAUCUCAAGAAACAGCUUCCGAAACAAGUGAAUCAUAUUAUUUGGAUGUUGCAAAGCCAUUAACGGUAUCAUUUUUUGACGAGUUAACAAUUAUUGCUCACGGUUUUUUCCGACCAUAG